AUGGUUUCUUGUCCUAUCUGUCAAAAAUCUGUCCCACAGUUAAAGAUUAACGAUCAUCUCGAUUCCGGCUGCCUGAGCUUCAUUGAAGAACCGUCUUCCUCGCCCGUCGAGCUAUCCGCCUCCCAAAAAGCCGUCCCGAGCAUAUUCCAACCAUCCUCCGCCCGCAAAUCUACCUCCCAGGCCAAUUUGCCGAAAGAGUCACCAUCCCGUGCCAGUGUGCCGACGCCCCGUCCCGCGAAUGGUAAGCGAUCAUUCACGCAAGACACUCCAACCCGAGACAAUGGUGCGAAUCAACCCAAUGGACUUCCGACUGAGCCGCAGGCGAAACGUCCAAAAGUGAAUGCUUUCCACAGAGCAGCCCCGCUUGCAGAGCGGAUGCGACCCAAAAAUCUCGAAGAGGUAUGCGGGCAGGAACUUGUCGGUCCUUCGGGGGUGCUUCGUGGUCUUAUCGAACAAGACCGAGUUCCGAGCAUGAUUCUCUGGGGAAGUGCGGGAACAGGCAAAACGACCAUUGCUCGCGUCAUUUCAUCUAUGGUGGGUAGUCGGUUUGUGGAAAUCAACAGUACUAGCAGUGGAGUCGCGGAGUGUAAAAAGAUAUUCUCCGAGGCCCGCAGUGAGCUUGGCCUCACAGGCAGAAAAACCAUCAUUUUCUGUGAUGAGAUUCAUCGAUUCUCGAAAUCGCAACAGGAUGUGUUCCUUGGUCCUGUGGAGAGCGGUCAAGUGACUCUGAUUGGUGCCACCACCGAGAAUCCGUCUUUCAAAGUUCAAAAUGCCUUGCUCUCCAGAUGCAGAACGUUCACAUUGGCAAAGCUCACUGAUGAGGACAUCGUCUCUAUUCUUCAACGUGCAUUGAGGGUAGAGGGUCCCAACUACAACCCAUCAGAGCUGGUUGAUGAUCACUUAAUCCAAUACCUGGCCAAAUUUGCCGAUGGCGAUGCUCGAACUUCACUCAAUCUCUUGGAAUUGGCAAUGGACCUAUCAAAACGACCGGGGAUCACCACAGACGAUCUAAAGCAGUCUUUGACCAAAACUCUUGUGUAUGAUCGCGCAGGUGAUCAACAUUAUGAUACCAUUUCGGCUUUUCACAAGUCUCUUCGUGGUAGUGAUCCAGAUGCCGCCCUUUACUACCUCGCCCGCAUGAUCCAGUCCGGCGAAGACCCUUUGUACAUUGCCCGACGAUUAAUUGUUGUGGCCUCUGAAGAUAUUGGACUAGCAGACAACAGUAUGCUCACUUUGGCAAUUUCUACCCAUUCUGCUGUUGAAAAGGUCGGCCUUCCCGAAGCCAGAAUUAAUCUGGCACAUGCGACUGUCGCCAUGGCAUUAUCCAAAAAGAGUACCAGGGCAUAUCGCGGACUGAAUAACGCAUAUGCUGCUCUGAAUGAGCCUGGCGUUGCUGGACUGCCCAUCCCUAUUCAUCUUCGAAAUGCACCAACCAAGUUGAUGAAGGAGCUUGGCUACGGUAAAGAGUAUAAGUACAAUCCAAACUACUUGGACGGCAAGGUUGAACAAGAGUACCUACCCGAGGAGAUCCUUGAUCGUACCUUCCUGGAGGACUUAGAUCUUGGUGCACAGCGAGACCCCGAUUUGUACAGUACCAGGCGCAGGGGCAACUGA